AUGGCCAACAACUUCGAGGAUAUCGCCAAGCAGUUCGUCCAGUACUACUACAACACCUUCGACACUGAUCGCAGUGGACUUGCCGCUCUCUACCGUGAGAACUCCAUGUUGACUUUCGAAUCUACCUCCACCCUCGGCGUUGCCUCCAUCACCGAGAAGCUUACUUCUCUUCCCUUCGCAAAGGUCAAGCACGAAGUUGGCACCCUCGAUGCCCAGCCCUCCAACCAGGAGGGUGGUGUCAUUAUUCUCAUCACCGGUGCUCUCCUUGUCGACGAGGAGCAGCGUCCCAUGAACUUUGCCCAGUCCUUCCAGCUUGCCCGUGACGCCUCCGGCAACUACUACGUCUUCAACGAUCUUUUCAAGCUUGUUUACGGUUAA